CGAUGCGGUGCGUUGUACCAUCGCUUUAACCACAGAAAAGGGGCUAUUUAAAAAGGAAAGGCAUGAGUUGUGCGCUACCCGACUCCGUAACACACCUUCCCAAUCCCCAAGUAUCGUCACAUAAUUUUGGACUCCCGCUUCCCAUUCUUCUGGAUCGGCAUAAAUGAAUGAAACACAGGGAAAGCUCGUAAGACAGUCGCUCAGGACCACGUUGUGUCAAACCACCGAACGACCAGGAGUUGAUCCAGUGGAGUUGAUCUAGACACAACAGUAUGAGUGUUCAUUGGGACCUGAUCUCCAGCCUCUCCGAUGUGUAGGACAGCCGCUCGGUGUCUUCCAUCCCCUCAGGACUCACGCUGUGAUGAACGGAUUAGGUUUUUGACUGCCAGGACAAAUGAAUACAAAUGAAUUUAGCGACCCGAAGGAGAGAUUGCAGAACCUCUCAUCUCGACACAAAGAGAGCUCUAUUGCUCUGCACAGUUCUCUACUGUACUUGUUACCUAGGUCUCGCCCAAGUACACUCUGAAGAUGUGGACAUCCUUCAAAAGCUGGGGCUCAAGGGAGAGAAGGCGUCACGCUCACUUCCAGCCGGAGUCAUCCCGUUCCGAUCUGGGAUCAUCCUCACCCAGCGGGCGCAGGUCGAGGCCCCGCUCCUCUCCGUUCUGCCGGCCGGCGUCUGGCCCGACCUGCUGAUGGUCCUCAGUGUACGCUCGCACCGCGUCAACAGCGCCUUCGUCUUCAGCCUGCUCUCAGCUCGCAACAAGCUCCUCCUGGGACUGCAGCUCGGCCAGCCUGGUCAGCUGCUCCUCCACACAGGGCCCAGGACCUCGGUGUCGCUGCCCUAUGACCCCCAUGACGGCCAGUGGCACCAACUGGCCGUUGGAUUGAGCGGAAAUAGGGCGACUCUAUAUGCCUCCUGCGGAGAGCAGAGUGUCCACGCAGACUUUAAGUGGGAGGGCGAGGGCGAGGGGCUCGCUCAAGAACUCCAGGGCUCCUUCUUGCUUGGGAAAAGCAGCCAUCAGCAGACCUUGGCACAGUUUGAAGGAGCCAUCUGCCAGUUCGACCUGAUACCCUCUGCGCAGGCAGCUUACAACUACUGCAAAUACAUUAAGAAACAAUGCAGGGAAGCAGACACAUACAGGCCUAACCUCCUUCCCCUCAUGCCCAUCCUCCCCCGGGAAAACGUCAAUAAAACAAGUACGCCAACCGCCCCUGGUCUUCAGGACGGGGUACGAAGGACCCCGGGGUUGAGUCUGGCCCGGAGUGUGGCUGCCGCUGCCUCUGCCGUCAGAUACGUAGACCCGAUCCUCCCCACAAAACCCAGACCCAACAAGACGACCGCCACUCCGACGGUGCGUGGAACGGUGGCCCCGGUCACAGCCCAUGCCAGGCUCUUCUCCCCUCCCCCCAAGACCCGGUCCCAAAGUGUCACAGCCCCACUGAGGACCAAAGUAACCCAGACUAAACCCUACCCACCCAAAGGCUCUACUCCCAAGGUCGCUAAGCCCACCCCACCAAAACCAACCCGGCACAGCAAUUUUGGGAAAACCACAGCGGGAACGACUCACAAGCAAAAGCCUUCUGUUUCUGUAACCGCUAACACCAAGCCCCUCAAGAAGAAAACAGAACCAAACCAAGUAUCCGUCCCAAAGAAACCGACAACCCCGGCCAAAAAGCCAUCGCCAAAGUCUAAGUGGACCACCGCCAAAUCCCGUCCAUCCAGGCUGACACCUGCCAAAGCCAACUCAUCUCGAGUCGUCCCUUCUAAAGCAGCCUUUGCCAAACCUAAACCAUCCAAUCCCAGUAUCUCAAAAACCAACCCGUCCAAUACCAUCAAGCCAACCAAAUCGGUCACCACCCCUCCAAAUCUGAUGAAGACCACCACCACCUCUCCCGUAACCCAGCGCCCAACCAGGGGGUCCUAUUCCCUGGUGACCCUGCCUGCUACUGACGGCUUCCAGAGUUGGGACGUACCACCCACCCAGUUCUCCUUGCUAGCAGGACCUCCGGGGCUGAAGGGAGAGCCUGGCCCACCAGGCCCGUCAGGACCUCCAGGGAAGCUGGGCCAGUGGGGAAAGAGGGGUCCCAGGGGGACUCCCGGUCCCCAUGGGAACCCCGGCCGACCGGGCCCACCUGGACUCAAGGGGAAGAAGGGAGACCCGGGUAUGUCCCCUGGAGCCGCCCCUAAAGGAGAGAAGGGGGACUCCGGCCCCGUGGGACCGCUGGGAGUGCCUGGCCUAGUCGGUCACAAGGGGCAGAAGGGCCACCCUGGUGCUGCAGGCCUACCUGGAGAAGGGGUAUGUACUGCUCUUCCUGUUUCAUUAGUCUGCGUUAGAACCCAUGUGUUAAUUUAG